UCCCCCCCAAUACACACAUACAUGCACACACACACACAUGCACGAACACACAGGAUGGAACCCAGUACAGGACCCCGAAAGACUGUGUGGGGCAACCUUCGGCAGAAAGCUAAGCCUCUCUUCCACUAUGUGCGGAGCAGCGGCCAUAUAAGCCUGAGUAAGCAACAGGCGAGACAGGAGCGACAGCGGGACCAGCGGAGGAGCAGUGUGCCCGAAGUGAGACGUAGGCGGCAUGGCUCCAUCUCCCCAUCCCAUCUGGAGCCCCGCCCGGGGCCUCCACCGGCCUCCCCCAGCUACAGCCACCCCUCCACGCCUCACAGCCUGCCCCGGCGAGAGAGAGGUGGCCGAGCCCAGCUCUCUGGUUUGCUGGGUCUUCCUAGGAACACCACUGAUUGGACGUCGGUAGAGUCAGUCAGUGGCGAUCUUGAGGAGCAGGGGUUCUUGAAUGCUCCAGAGACGAUGGAGCAGGGGUCGCAGGUGAGGCCUUCUCCUUCUCGACCCACAGCAGAGCCGCCCUCGCUGGAACUGUCGGAGAACCUAUCAGAGGUACAACAGAAGCAGAGGAACAAUGACACUGAUUCUGUUACCUUAAAUGACACUGAGCAAAAUACAAUUCUGGACGUGGCGGGAGAGGCCGCAGCCUUAUGGGACAGCCAGAGGGAGUCUCAGAGAACAUACCUGCUCUCCAUCAACCUGAAAGAGGGGCGGGGCCUCGUCAUAAGAGACCGCUGUGGUACAAGUGAUCCAUACGUGAAGUUCAAACUUGAGGGGAAGACUUUGUACAAAAGCAAAGUGGUGUAUAAGAACCUUAACCCCACCUGGAAUGAGUCUUUCUCCUUCCCCAUUCACAACCUGAAACAAAAACUCUAUGUCAAGGUCUAUGAUCGAGACCUCACCACAGAUGACUUCAUGGGCUCCAGCAGGGUUAGCUUGAGUGAACUGGAACUUGAGAAAACGAUAGAAAUGGUGCUACAACUCGAUGAUCCGAACAGCCUGGAGAAGGACAUGGGUGUGAUCAUCAUUGAUGUCUGUCUGUCACUUAGAGAUGGCGAAAACAAAAAAAAUAGGUGGGUCCAAAGAGGAAAACGCAAUUAUAAGUCAGGAUCAUCACCACAGUCCACGCGCCUGUCUGAGUGUAUGCGGAAGAGCCAGCUGUGGGCAGGAGUUCUGACAAUCACGCUGGUGGAGGGCCAGGAUCUGCCCGACGACGGCCAAGGGGAUGUGUUUGUGCGUUUCCGCCUCGGAGACCAGAAGUACAGGAGUAAGUGUCAAUGCAAAAAGUCCAACCCUCAGUGGAGAGAAAGAUUCGAGUUCAACCAGUUCCUGGACAGGCCUAACUUUCUGGAGCUCAGCGUCUGGGCAAAAGAGGGCCGUAAAUAUGAAGACUGUUAUGGACUGUGUGAUGUUGACCUGUCUGUGUUGGUGGUGAACAAGCCUCAGCUGUUCACAUGUAGUCUGGACCAGGGUAGAGUUGUUUUCCUCGUCACCCUCAACAUGUGCAGCGGAGUGGCCAUCACUGACCUGUGCGCUCCACCACUGGAGGAACCCCAUGAGAGGGACAACAUGCUGAACAAAUAUGGCUUCAAGAACUCCUUCAAGAAUAUAAGGGAUGUUGGUUUCCUUCAGGUCAAAGUGGUCAAGGCCUCAGAUCUCAUGGCUGCAGAUUUGAAUGGAAAGAGUGACCCGUUUUGCGUGUUGGAAUUAGGCAACAACAGGCUACAGACUCAUACAAUCUACAAAACCCUCUACCCUGAGUGGAACAAAGUCUUUACGUUUCCAAUCAAAGACAUCCAUGACGUCCUAGAGGUGACCGUCUUUGAUGAGGAUGGAGACAAAGUUCCGGAUUUCCUAGGAAAAGUGGCCAUUCCUUUACUCUCUAUACAUAAUGGUCAACUGAUUUCUUGCCCACUGAAGAAGGAAGACUUGGGGGCAUUAUCGAAAGGAACCAUUUUGUUGGAGCUUGAAGUUAUCUUCAAUCCAAUCAAAGCAAGCAUCAGGACCUUCACACCAAGGGAGAGGAAGUUUGAGGAAGACAGUCCAAAGUUCUCCAAAAAGGUGCUGGCCAGAAAUGUCAUUCGCGUGAGGAACAUCUACAGAGCAGUGCGUCAAGUCCUGCAGUACAUCAAGAGCUGUUUUCAAUGGGAGAGUGUUCAGAGGAGCAUUACUGCAUUUCUGCUCUUUCUCUUCACAGUGUGGUACUGGGAGUUCUACAUGCUGCCCCUGUUCUUGGUCAUCCUGCUUGUGUGGAACUAUCUUAUGAUCGCCUCUGAGAGGGUCAGCCAUGAGCUGGACCAUAUGGACUUCGGGGAUGAUGAGGAUGAAGAUGAGAAAGAAUGUGAGAGAAGAGGUUUGAUGGACAAAAUCCAUAUGGUGCAGGAGAUUGUCCUCACAGUUCAGAACCUGCUGGAGGAAACGGCAUCCUUUGCUGAGAGAUUAAAAAACACAUUUAACUGGUCGGUGCCAUUCUUGUCCAACUUGGCCUUCUUUGUUCUCAUCAUCGGCACGGUGAUCACAUACUUCAUUCCAAUUCGCUACAUUAUUUUGUUAUGGGGUAUAAACAAAUUCACAAAGAAGCUAAGGAAUCCAUAUGCUAUUGAUAACAACGAAGUCAUGGAUUUCCUCUCUAGGGUGCCUUCAGAUGUUCAGAAGGAACAGUACCUCAGCCUGAGACACAGUCACACACACAGCCCUGUCAGAAGAAAGAGAGCUGCCCAAUAGAUCAGCUCUUAAUUAUCAUCGGAGACACUACAUAUCCACUUUAUUUUCACUGCCAAUUUGAUUUCAUGCACAAACUAAUUGGGAGUAACCCCAGAAAAUCCAGGAUGGUUUAUUUGAUCUGUUGCUUUGUUUUAUCAGUUCAUUUAUUUAAAUCAUGUCUCAUUUUGUGUGCUGUGCAAGAAUUUAAAUGACUUGAAGACAAACUGGUCUCUGCUGUGUUAUGUGCAGACUAGCACCUCAUUACCAGUGAUAAAUCCAAACAACCUAUUGCUGGUGAUUUUAUAAAAAUUAUUGUUUAGACCACAAUGUGGAGGACCCAAGCUCUGUGUAAAAUUAUGUUUUAAGGAGUGUUCCUCAAAAUAUAAAUAUAAAACAUUCCCCAUGUUUUUGGUUUGAUGAGCUGCUUAAUGUGUGGGUGUGCGCUGAGGUGGGUAACUAAUUACAAUUACUCAGUUACAUCUCUGUAUUUAGUAUUUUCAAAAAAUAAAAAUAAACUAAAAGUAUUUUUGUAAGGAAAAUAAUCUGCUUUUUAUGCCUGUUUUAGUCAUUACAGUUUCAUUAUGUUCUAUGGGUGAUAUCAUCUGCUCUGUUUUGCUGUUAGUCACUUUUGAGCUUUAACAUUUUACACCAAAGGUAUCAGAAAAAAAUUAUUUUCUGACUUCUACAAAUGUGUUGAUACUUGAAUCGUUAUUUCAGUAAAGUAACAAUACUUGAUUAAUAUACUCUGCCCACUACUUUAGAUGCCUGGAUCUGUGUGUAUGUGUACACACAGAUAAACAUUUAACCUUAGUAAUACUGUUUUCAGCUUUGUGGUCAUAAAUGAUGGCCUAAAGUAACUUAAGAUGUUUUACAUUUGCAUGUGUAUAUAUUUUGUACUGUAAAGCCUUUUUAAUGAACAGGUAUCUUGAUUGUAAAAAUAUUCCACCCUGCUAAACUCCAAUGGCCCAUAUAUCCAGCUAUAUGUUUAGAAACUCAAGUGCCUUCUAUUUAUACUGCACUACUGUAUAUAAAUCUAAUUUUAAACUGCAGUUUCCUUACAAAAAUACAAUUUGUGUUUGUAAUGUUGCACUGGAGAUUACUGAGUUAUAAUCUUCCAUUUACCUUUUCACUCCAAAUAAAACUCUUAAGGAAUGUACAGCCUGUGUGAAACUGUAAUAUACCUGAAAUGAGUUUCAGUUAAUAUCAUUUCAGCGUGAAUGAGAUUUUAAACAUAGCAACUUGUGUUGAUCUUUUGCACAGAGAAGAUGAUGCAGGUCACUAGAUGAACUGGACAUUGUACACUUGAUUCAGUAACA